ACGCGGACGAAGGGAGAGGAAGAGAGCGGAGAGAGAUCGGGGAGAGAGCGGAGAGAGAGAGAGAGCAGGAGAGAGAGAGACGGAGACACACAGCGGCGGAACGAGGGAGCGACACGCGGACGAAGGGAGAGGAGUGGGGAAGAGAUCGGGAAGAGAUCGGGGGGAGAGAGAGGAGGGAGCAGGAGAGAGAGAGAGACGGAGACACACAGCGUGACGGAGCGAGAGAGAGACACACAAAUACGGACAGACACACACCGGCGUGCACGUGGUGGAGACGGGAGUGAUUUAUAGAACACAGCGGAGAGAAUACGCGGAGGAGGAGAUCGAGACGAGGGGGAGAAACAGACCACAGGGACAAUACCUGCAUGUGUGUAUACACGCACAGAGAUAUAUUGUACACUGACAGUAUACAGGAGCGAUACAAAGGCGGCUCGGGAUUGGGGGAGAUCGAGAUACGUGAGUGGACGCUGUCAAUCAAGAGACGCACGGAUACACAGCGCGCUGGUGACCAUCACGCACACAAGACGUACUGACAUAGACAUACAACAGACAGGCACACUGACAAAGAACAAUACACUAAAUAUCCUUAGAGACUGUAUGAAUAAUAGGCGCUCGCUAACGGCGCACUGAUAUAUACACACACACACACAACCAUCCAUACAAUAGAAACAUACAUCCUGACACACGUAAGACAGACACGUAGGUGACAUACACAUCGACAUACGCACAUCGACACAAAGAUUACACAAGGAGGCGAGGGGGGGUGCACGAGAGAGCCGAGAGUAGGGGUUAGAGUGAGCGAGUGUUGGUGAGUGUGAGUGAGUGAUAGAGAGAGAGGAGAGUGUUGGUGGUGAGUGUGAGUGAGUGAUAGAGAGAGAGAGGGGAGAUAUAGAGAGAGGAGCUGAUCACACAAAUGGCCUCCUCCAUCCUCUCUGCGGAGGAGCAAGCCCUGCGCGAGUGCGAGGCGUACGUGCAGAAGCAUCGCGUGCAGCAGAUGCUCAAGGACUGCAUCGUGACCAUGUGCAUCGCCAAACCUGAACGGCCGCUCCGCUUCCUCAAGGAGUACUUCGAGAAACUCGAUAAGGAGGAGGCACGGCAGAGAGGCGGCUCGUCGCAGUGGGACUCGCGCGAGGACGAGAUCUCUCCUCCGCCUCCCAACCCCGUGGUGCAGAGGCUGAUGCGGCGCGGAGCGGUGAGCGCCGAGGUCUACACCGAGGAGGACGCCGCCUCGUAUGUGCGCAAGGUGAUCCCCAAGGACUACAAGACAAUGCAGGCCCUGUCCAAGGCCAUCGCCAAGAACGUGCUUUUCUCACACCUCGACGACAACGAGCGCAGUGACAUCUUCGACGCGAUGUUCCCUGUGACCCACAUCGCCGGCGAGACGGUCAUACGGCAAGACGACGAAGGGGACAACUUUUACGUCAUCGAUCACGGCGAGGUUGACGUGUACGUGAAGAACGAGUGGGUGACCAACAUCAGCGAGGGCGGCAGCUUCGGCGAGCUGGCGCUCAUCUACGGCACGCCACGCGCCGCCACCGUCAAGGCCAAGACCGAUCUCAAGCUGUGGGGCAUCGACCGCGACAGCUACCGCCGCAUCCUCAUGGGGAGCACGCUUCGCAAGAGGAAGAUGUACGCGGAGUUCUUGAGCAAAGUCUCCAUCUUAGAAUCGCUGGAGCACUGGGAGCGGCUGACGGUGGCCGACGCGCUGGAGCCGGUGCAGUUCGAGGACGCGGAGAAGAUCGUGGUCCAGGGAGACCCCGGCGACGACUUCUUCCUCAUCACCGAGGGCACCGCCGCCGUCCUUCAGCGCCGCUCUGAGAGGGAGGAGUUCGUGGAAGUCGGGCGCCUGGGUCCCUCCGACUACUUCGGGGAGAUUGCGCUCAUGCUGGACCGCCCGCGCGCCGCCACCGUGGUGGCCCGCGGGCCGCUCAAGUGCGUCAAGCUGGACCGGCCGCGGUUCGAGCGCGUCCUCGGGCCCUGCUCCGACAUCCUCAAGCGCAACAUCCAGCGAUACAACAGCUUCGUGUCCAUCUCCGUCUGACGCGCGCCCGCGGAUACACGCCCACAGGGCGGUGUCAGUGGAGCGGCGGAGUCACGGAUCUUGAGUUUCGUGUCCUGGCGCUCGCUCAGACAGCACCCGUGGUGUCCAAGUCACCAUCACCCAGCCCCAUCACCCAGCCCAAUCACCCAGCCCCAUCACCC